CACAAAAGGAAGCUUGAAGCAACGGGGCUCUAUUUUCUCGUUCAAUUUGGUUCUACCCAUUUUCAAUUCAAAUAAAUAGAAUAAACUUAAAUGUCGCAGUCAGAAAACAACAGCAGCAAGCGCCAGACGGCAUCAUCCUCAGCAAGGUCCUCAAAGCGCGCACGCACAACAUCUGCCGAUCACACGCCGGAUUGUCAAGACAAACACUGUAAGGGGUGUGCCAGCGGAGAGAUCCUCCUCUCCUCCGACAUCACCUCUCUCGACCGACCCAUUGUCAGUGAGCUAUACGAGACAGCAGUGAAGAAGUUGGGCGAGUACGUCGAUUACGAGGAGUACGCCACAAUGGCUGUGGCUAUGGCCAAGGGUGGCCCGGGUGUGGGCGUAUGCUUGAAACAGGAUAACUGGCGCGAUCCAGAGGAGGACGAGAUAGAUGAGGAUCAGGAGCAAAAAGCCAUUGUACCAACGCAUUCGCUGAUUAACGCCCUGCGGUUGGUGAUCAUGGACAGUGCACUGUCCAUGAUCACCACGCACAUUGACUGGGAUUCCAGCGAUAGUGAGCCGCCCGAUGCCGAGGACGUUGGCGAGCAGAUUGAGAGCAGGCUGGCUGCUGUCUUGAAAUACCUAGAGUCGCAGAACACGGAUUGCACAUGUUGCAAGCUGCGCGCGCAGCUGCUUAUUGUGCUGAGCGGCGUUGUCAGCGACGAGGACAGGGCCAUGGGCGCGUUUGACUCUGCAGACCAAGACAUAGUCAGCCAGCUGGAGGACCUGGGCGCUGAAAUGUAAAGACAUAAUAGAAAACAUCGGCACUGUUCCAUGUAAA